AAAGCUGCAAAGGUCAGUUUGUUCAUAAUGAUUUACACAGCACUCGAUACAUUCUACUUGACGGAUGAGCAGUUAAGAAACUCCCCGUCAAGGAAAGAUGACAUAGAUGAAGCUACAGAAACAACACUUAGAAUUUAUGGAUGUGAUCUCAUUCAGGAAAGCGGCAUUUUGCUCAAAUUACCUCAGGCAGUAAUGGCAACAGCCCAAGUUCUAUUCCAUCGUUUCUACUGCAAGAAGUCAUUUGCUCGCUUUAACGUGAAGAGGGUUGCUGCUAGUUGUGUUUGGCUUGCCUCAAAGCUGGAGGAAAGCCCUAGGAAAGCAAAGCACGUGCUCAUGGUAUUCCAUAGGAUGGAAUGUCGGAGAGAAAAUUUACCCAUAGAGCAUUUGGACGUCUUUUCUAAGAAAUAUUCAGAGUUGAAGAUGGACUUGAACAGAACAGAGAGACACUUAUUGAAAGAGAUGGGUUUCAUUUGUCAUGUUGAACAUCCUCAUAAGUUCAUAUCGAACUACCUUGCUACACUUGAAACACCUCCAGAGUUAAGGCAGGAGGCUUGGAAUCUUGCAAAUGAUAGCCUGCGUACAACCUUGUGUGUUAGAUUCAAGAGUGAAGUUGUGGCUUGUGGUGUUGUAUAUGCGGCUGCUCGAAGGUUCCAGGUACCACUUCCUGAGGACCCUCCAUGGUGGAAGGCUUUCGAUGCAGAGAAGUCUGGGAUUGAUGAAGUCUGUAGGGUUUUGGCACACCUGUACAGCCUUCCCAAAGCACUACACAUACCAGUGUGUAAAGAUGGGGAUUCAUUCACAACAUCAAGACAGACAACAGACUCACAAGGGCAGCAAAUUUCGAAGGAAGGAACACCGAAUGGACUGGCAGGUAAUAAUGAUACAUCUAGUCCCAAGGUUGUGCCUGCAGUUGCCAAUCCAGACACCAGUGGUUCGAAAGGUGCAAUUGUAAAAGUAGCCUGUGAAAAAUUAAAGGAGUCCAAGAAAAGUGAUGAUGAUGCCAAGAAUCUCCCAAUUGAUGAAGUGAUGAGAGAAGAACUUCCAUCAAAGUCCAAGGCUGAGCACAGACAGGAGGGAAGUGGAGAAAGGAACAGGGAGAGGGAUAGGGAGAGGGAGAGGGAGAGGGAGAGAUCAAAGGCUUGGGACCGUGAUAGGGGAAGGGAUGGAAGGGAUUCUGACAGGGAAAGGGAACGAGAGAAAGAGAUGGAAAGGGAACGAGACAAAGUCAAGGAUAGAAGUCAUCGUUCCAAGGACAAGGGAAAAGAUUCAGGAGGGCAUUCAGAGAAAUCAAGGCACCAUCCAUCACGAGAUCGUAGCGACUACCAUAGCUCCUCCUAUUCAUCCCGCGAGAAGGAUCGACACAGACAUCAUCCAUACACAUGAAUCAGAAGUAUUCUUUGCCUUCUGACUACUGGGUUUUUGCAGCUUGAUUACCCCAAACUGUAUAUUUUAUCUGGACGUAAAAAUCAAUCUAGACGGAAAAUAGAUGGUGAAAAGAGUGAGGGCAUCCAUUCCAGAUUUCUUGUAGUUAUAAAGCUGUCAUGUUGGGGAAAUAGUAUAUUGCUUUAGGUUGUGUUUAAUUAUCAAUAUGCAAAGCUUGGCAAAUUGCUGCAUGUGGAUGUUUUAUUUGCAGAACUGGUCUGUAUUCUUGGAUCCUAUCUCUGUUAAAUUAACAUGUUUGAACUGCGAAUGAGCUGGUACACCACCUCCCUUUGCUUAAAA